AUGACAGUUAUGUUCAUGGAUCUUCAUGUCAAUUUACCUGAACUGUUUCAGUGCUUUGCGUCCGGAGUAUGCGGUGGAUUGGGAAUGGGGCCGUGUAUGAGUCCAAUACCUCCGGUGCCACCACCAUGCGCCGGAUGUGGUGCCGGCUACACAUGUGGCGCGUACGGAUGCUAUCGCACACGAGCACGAGUCCAUGGUGCUGGUACUGUGAGCGAAGGACCAGUACUAACGGGUGGCGAUCGAUUCUCAAGGAUUCACCAACAGGAGGCAUCAAAAGACCCCAACGUUCUUUUCAUGCAAUGUUGUCAGCAACGUGGCUUACCGGAUGCUUGCCUCCGUCACUGUACUUACAACACAUUUACGAAGGAAUCCUUGACUCGGAUGUAUUUCAAGCGUGAUGCUUGUCCAGUGCAAGCUUCGGCUGAAAUCCAAUUCUGCGCUGCUCAGGGCCGAGAUCAUCGCGAUUGCUGCCGUAGAAACGGGGUUACUACAACGCUUGCAGGUCCGAAGUGUCUGACAUUUUGUGAUCAGAGACCCGGAAAUGUUACGAUGCUCGACAUGUCGUAUAUCCCAUGCUAUGAUCGCUUCGAGAAUAUGAAGGCUUGCUUUUGGCAUGAUACAGUAUAUCGACUUAAGUAA